AUAAAGAUGUCUGGUUUUAUAAUCUCUAAGCUCCUUCUAACUCAUAGAUUAUGAAAUACUGAUAGUAUAGAACAGAACAAGACUCAAAAGUAAUAAGUAGUUGAGUCAACAGUCUUCUCACUAACGAAGAUUCUGACAGAGAUAGGCAGAGAGAUGUGAUCUAUAGUAUGAAAAAGGAAUUGCAUUUCAUGAUGAUGCCAAGUGCUCCACUUUAGCCUCAAUAAAAAAUUAGAGGACAGAUAAAAGAAAAAAAACUUAAGAGAAAAAAGAAGAGUGCCUUUAAGGAUCUGAAAAUUGAAAGUCAGGCAUGACAGAAGGAAGUAGUGGUAAAAUUCAGGACAGAGUGGCAGAGGGAGGUUUCCUCCUCUCUUUUGUUGUCUCUGGAUAUAGAAAGAUUGCCUGGGUAACCUCUGCUAGACGGCUCCUAUAGCACCUUCAGUACAGGAAGUGAGGGAGUGAAAAGGUUAAAUUUCUCAUCCAAGAUGAGUUCAGCCAGCCCUGUGAAAUGGUGGCAGCAGAAUGCCAUCAGACUCUCUAAUCUUAUUUCUAUCACGCUGACUUUCUUGGAGCCCAUCAAGCAGUGUGCUGGCCAAGAGAUCCAGUUCAAUGUGUGAUGAACAUCUCAGUCGCUUUCUUCCUGAAAAUGGCAAAAGGGCAAUAAUUUAGAAAACCUAGCCUGCUCUUUAAGAAAGGAUGAAAGGCUCCGUCUCAGAAGACCUAGGUUGCCGACGAGGGGAAUUCAGUAGAAAACAUUAUGGAUCUGUGGAGCUGCUUAUUUCUAGUGAUGCUGAUGGAGCCAUACAAAGAGCUGGAAGAUUCAGAGUGGAAAAUGGCUCUUCAGAUGAGAAUGCUCCUGAUUUGCCAGGUAUCUGGCGGAGAACAGAUGUGCACCUGGAAAACCCAGAGUAUCAUACCAGAUGGUAUUUCAAGUAUUUCUUAGGACAAGUUCAUCAGAAUUACGUCGGCACUGAUAUUGAGAAGAGCCCUUUCUUUCUGUCUGUAGCACUUUCUGACCAGAACAAUCAACGUGUCCCUCAAUACAGGGCAAUUCUCUGGCGAAAAACAGGUACCCAGAAAAUAUGCCUCCCCUACAGUCCAACAAAGACACUCUCAGUGAAGUCCAUUUUAAGUGCCAUGAAUCUGGACAAGUUUGAAAAAGGGCCCCGGGAGAUUUUUCAUCCUGAGAUACAAAAGGAUUUACUGGUUCUUGAAGAACAAGAGGGCUGUGUAAAUUUCAAGUUUGGGAUCCUUUAUGCCAAAGAUGGACAACUCACAGAUGAUGAAAUGUUCAGUAAUGAAACUGGCAGUGAAGCUUUUCAAAAAUUAGUAAAUCUUUUGGGUGACACAAUUACACUAAAAGGCUGGACGGGAUAUCGAGGAGGUCUGGACACCAAAAAUGAUACCACAGGACUAUAUUCUGUAUAUACCGUGUACCAAGGACAUGAAAUCAUGUUUCAUGUUUCCACCAUGUUACCCUACUCUAAAGAGAAUAGACAGCAAGUUGAAAGGAAGCGCCAUAUUGGAAAUGAUAUCGUCACCAUUGUGUUCCAGGAAGGAGAAGAAUCUUCUCCAGCAUUCAAGCCUUCUAUGAUUCGCUCUCAUUUUACACAUAUUUUUGCCUUAGUGAGGUAUAAUCAACAAAAUGACAACUUCAGGCUGAAAAUAUUUUCAGAAGAAAGUGUGCCCCUUUUUGGCCCGCCCUUGCCAUCCCCACCUGUGUUUACAGAUCACCAGGAAUUCAGGGACUUUUUGCUAGUGAAAUUAAUUAAUGGUGAAAAAGCUACCUUGGAAACUCCAACAUUUUCCCAGAAACGACAACGAACUCUAGAUAUGUUGAUUAGAUCUUUAUAUCAGGAUCUGAUGCCAGAUCUGCACAAGAACAUGCUUAAUAGACGAUCUUUUAGUGAUGUCUUACCAGAGUCACCCAAGUCAGCACGGAAGAAAGAGGAAGCCCGUCAGGCAGAGUUUGUUAGAAUCGGACAGGCACUGAAACUGAAAACUAUCGUGAGAGGGGAUGCUCCAACUAGCUUGGCAACUUCAGGUCUCUGUAAAAAAGAGCCUUGGGAGUCCCAGUGUUUCUGCAGUAAUUUUCCUCAUGAAGCUGUAUGCGCAGAUUCCUGGGGCCAGGCCUUGCUGGUCUCUACAGAUGCUGGCGUCUUGCUAGUAGAUGAUGGCCAGCCAAUAGUACCAGUAUUUGAUAAAACUCUGCAAGUGAAACAGAUACAUGUACUUGAAUUCUUGGACCUACUGAUUACCAGAGCAGACAAAGGAAAAGAUGCUCGCCUCUUUGUCUUUAGGCUAAGCACUGUGAGGAAAGAUGUGGAAGGAAAGCAGAUAGUGAAGAGCAAGUAUGACUGUAGAGAAAAUAAACUUGAAAAAACAAAAGGUUGCCAUUUGUAUGCCAUUAACACUCAUCACAGCAGUGAAUUGAGGAUUAUUGUUGCAAUUCGAAACAAGCUACUUCUUAUCACAAGGAAACACAAUAGGCAAAGUGGUUUAACCAGCCUCUCAUUGUUGUCCUCACCAUCAGAAUCACCUGUUGAAGAAUUCCAGUAUAUCAGGGAGAUCUGCUUGUCUGAUCCCCCUGUGGUGAUGACCUUGGUGGAUGGGCCAACCGAAGAGAAUGACAAUCUGAUUUGUGUAGCAUAUCGGCAUCAGUUUGACUUGGUGAAUGAGAGUACAGGAGAGUCUUUCAGAUUGCACCAUGUGGAUGCCAACAGGGUUAAUUUUGUUGCAGCUAUUGAUGUGUAUGAAGAUGGGGAAGCUGGACUGCUGCUGUGUUACAACUACAGUUGCAAUUAUAAAAAGGUGUGUCCUUUUAAUGGUGGCUCUCCCUUGAUCCAACCGUCAGCAUCAGACUUCCACUUUAGUUGGAACCAGGUUCCUUAUGCUGUUGUGUGUGCUUUUCCAUACAUUCUGGCCUUUACUACUGAUUCCAUUGAGAUCCGCUUGGUGGUAAAUGGAAAUUUAGUCCAUACAGCUGUUGUGCCUCAACUUCAGCUUGUAGCUUCAAGGUCAGAUAUAUACUUCAAAGCUGCUGCAGCAGUGAACAGUUCGUCUAGCAGCAGUUCUAAGGAUGCCAGUGCCCACAAUUCUCCUCAGACACCCACAGGCCGUGAGACUCCAGUGUUUCCUUCUUCCCUGGGGGAAGGUGAUGUUCCAUAUAAAAAUCUCUACAAGAUUCCUCUCAGAAACCUUGUUGGCAGAAGCAUUGAGCGACCUCUGAAGUCACCCUUAGUCCCCAAGGUCAUCACUACUCCAACUUCAGUGGGGAUUGGCAUAGCAGCCAUUCCUGUCACUCACUCCUUAUCUCUCUCUCGAAUGGAAAUUAAAGAAAUAGCAAGUAGGACACGAAGAGAACUUCUGGGCCUCUCAGAUGAAGCUGGACCCAGGUCUGAAGGAUCACCAAAGCCGAAGACAACAUCCCGAAAGCUGCUAGAAGGGGAGCCCAAGCAGGGAGCAGUGAGGUCAACAAGCAGCGACAGAAUCUUAUCAGGCUCUUUUGAAAGGCCUUCCUUUGAAGACAACUCUGAUGGGCGUCUCCUUUCUACAAGUUCAGAUCCUGACACUCUGGCCACUAGAGAGGAGAGUCCACCCUCUGGAAGCCCAUUUCAGCUCACAGCUUCCUUUGAUGAAGAUAUUAUUGACUUGAAGUAAAGACAAUCUUAAUCAUAUUUGCCAUCUUUAUUUUUCUUACAGAAGUUUAUACUCUCUAGGAAAGUUUCGACACCACUUCCUGAGGAAUCCCGGUCACUGCUCUAUUGGACCAACUGUUCUGCAUAUUAGGCCAGUUUGGGUAACUCUUAAACAUUUGGUGCCAUCUUGAUCCUUGCUUUCCCAGUUCAAGUACCAUCAGCCCCUCUAGGAAUAAAAGUGGUAGAUUUCAUUGAGGUUUUAGAUUGAAACUUUUAAUAAAAUAAAAGUAUUCAUUCUUCUUUACCUCAAACCUCUUAUAUUUGAAAUACUUAGAUUAAGAAUUAUUUUUCAUUACAAUUCUAAUUUAUUUCACAUUAUAAGUAUUUCAUAGAAAUAUUUUAUAAAGAAGUCAUUUGAUUUUAUUACAAAUAAGGGUUUUUCUUUAGCUUUACUUUCUAUAACCAAGAAAUCCUGCUCCUAUUGAUAACUCAGUUUUGCCAUGAUUAGAUUUAAAGAAGUGAUGAGGUUACACAAAAGUGUAGCCAGCUGUUUUCCUAUUCUGCUGGUCCCAUGCCUACUGUUUAGAGGGAAGCUGAUUGGCUGGAUUUCAAAGGUAGCCUUCCUGAUAUGCAGAAGAAUAAGAAUUUGUUUGAAAACAAGAGACACUAUGAUUUCUUUCCUUUAGUGUCCUUGUCUUUCAUGUUAGAUUCUUUUUUAUUUUUAAAUCGAAAUGUCAAGGAAAAAAACUGUCAUCUUGAAAUAUUGUGCAUAUUUUCUUGUCUUUUCACUAAUCACCACCUGAUGGAUGGACCUGCCACUUAUGCAUGCAAAGAUAUAUAAUGUUGUCAUUCCUUCCUAGCUUAGCAUAAGAGGUUAAGAACAGUUUGGGGGCUGCCUAUUACAAGAAAUUUCAUGGUGAAAUUUUAGCCUCUUACCUUGAAAGAUUGUAUUACAAUAUAGAGAUGGUGUUAAAAAUAUAUAUUAUCUUUUGGUUAUAAAAGUUUGAUGAUCUCCUCCUGAUCCUCCCCACCACCCAAUGCUGUCUCCUCUUAGUUCUCCAAUUCUGUUGGCAGAUUCCUCUCAUUUCCCAUCAAGUACAGUCUUACAACCCUUUGAUUUCAGUACAUCUGAUUCUAUUGUUCUCCUCUUUUUGUGUGGACCUUUGCUGUCCAACUAAAAAAAGUGAUGUAGUCUAUAUAAUACUGGACCUAACUCUAAAAGGGUGAUUUCCUACUUUAUAUAUUGAUUCAGUGAAACAUAACAGGUCAAUGAUUUUACAGUUUUUAUAGUUCAGGCUAUGACAGUGGAUUUUUUUUAGCCCACAAACCUGUGAGAUACAGCCUUAAUAUAAAAACCGAAAGAGAAAUAAAUGCAACAUCAAUACUGUCUCCUUAGCUUGCAUAUUAUGGAUUACUUGGAAAAGUCCUUACCUUUGCAUGAUGAACUCAGUAUGAAACCCCAGAAUAAAGGCCAGAGUUUUGUUUGGCAGAGAAUGAAUGAUGGUUGAAGAGGAUCAUUUCAAAGGCAAGACCCGCCAGAAGAGUUCUUUUACUUAGGCACUGAUUCAGCCUGAAAGCCGAAAUAAGAACUGGUCCAUUAACUCUUGGAACAUUUAUACUCCAAAGGUAUCUCAUCAUUUUCUGCUCACCUCCUCGACUCCUAUGUUAUGUCAUAGUUUUUUAAAAACUAUUUUCUAAAUGUAAAAAUAUUGUUUUUGUCUUCUUCAUCCUGUCAUUUUCCCCACUUUGGCUUCUCUUCAUCCUGAUAUAUAAGAACAAGCAAUUGCUAAAGGUUGUUUCCAUGGAGGGAUUAUAAGCGUCAGAUGAGCCAGAGUAUUUGAGGAGGAGUCACAAAUUCAAAGGAGCAUUUAGAAAUCUGAUAGAAAUACCCAAGGGGGAGGGAAGCUGAGUGUAAUACAGAGGAAGAAAACCAGAAGGAGGCCACCAUACAUGUGACAAGCUGUUUUCAUUCCUCCCCAUUUUCACACAGUGAAGAUAACAGACACAGUACCAUAAGGAGCUACAAGGAAAAAAAAACAAAAAACUUGGAAUUAGUACUUUAAACUAUAGUUGUAAUGGAUUGGGAGCAUUUGUUUCCAUUAUUUAAGAGAAGAAUUUAAUAUUUCAUUAUUUUAGGAAUCCAUUAUUUCAUCGCUGUGAUUCUCUCUCCAUCAAUGUAGAUUGUAACCCCUCAGAUUGCAAAACCAAGCAGAAGAGUUCUUUUAUUUAAACUUCUGUUCAGCCUGAAAGCCAGUACAGCAACUGAUCCAUUAGCUCUUGUAGUAAGUUUAAACAAGUUGCUGUGGCCAAAAACGUUCCUCAAUAAUGGCCAACCCCCUGGUGCUGAGCCUCUCCACCAUUAGUUAGGCGGGUCCUAUGUCUGUUGCUGGGUUCAUAAGAAAAACCUUUCCAACUUGGAAGGAUAUGCCAAAGUUUCUAGAUGGCACAGCCUUCUAAAACCCAGCAUCACCUGCACACCAUGAAGAGAGAUACUUUAGUGACAGAAAGGAGGAGAUAAGACAGCUAAACAUCAUUUCUAAUUAAUGUGCCAAGAAGACAAUAGGUGAUCAAAAACAAAAAUCUGCCUAAGACUUGGUCACCUAAAUUCAACUUUAUGUGAAUAAUCAUAAAAUUAUUAAGUGCUGCCCAGGGGCUGUAGUUUUAGGCUACUGUUAUGGAUGGUUCUUUUCUAUGUUCUAAAGCGUUGAAAAAUAUGAAGGUCAGUAACUCAGGUGAAUUUCCAUUUUUCAUAAAAUGAUUUACAUGGUAAUGCACCUGUUAUUACUACACAUGGUGCAUUAAAUUACUAUCUUUAAAUAUGCAGUUCAAAGAGUUUUGCAAUAUAAAGUCAAUAACAUUUCUGGUCCUAUUAAUAAAGAAUUUUGAAGAUUUGUUGAAAUUCACCUCAGUUACUUACUCCAUGUAACUUACUGAUGAAAAAUAGGAGCUUUUAUAAAAGAAAGCAUGUGUCUAUUUAGAUAUUUCUGGGGGAAUUAUUUUUUGUCCUUUGUUACCACAUGAUUUAGCUUGAAAAGAAAUUAGAGAAACUGUAAAGGGAAUGGGAUAGUUGAAUGAUGGUUUUUAAAAUGAUUCAUAUUAUUUAAUAUAGUACAACUGAAACUAGUCCUAUUACAGAAUAUCAUCUUUGCCUACCUUGAAUAUUUAUCUACCAUGCUACAUUGAUAGUAUCAUAAGUAUGAUAAGAAUUAAGGGAGAGAAAUUCAAUUUGACAAAAUGGUACUAUAUCCAUCAACAGAAUUAUUUUUAGGGGAGGCAGCUUGGUACAAUGGAAAAAGUAGUGAAUUUGGAAGUCUGAGGAGUCAUGAAUUCAAAUCCUGACCUUACUAACUUACUACUUUUGUCAUCCUGGACAACUCAUUUCAUCCCUCUGGGCCUCUGUUUCCUCUUAUGUAAAACAGUGGGAUUAGAUCAGAUGACUUCUAAGGGCUCCUCUAGCUCAAAAUCUAUGAAUUUACAAAUUAGGGACAUGACUGACCCAGAAUAUAACAAAUAUAUAGCAAACCUGCAUGGCAGACAUUUGAUAAAGUAGAUUAGCUUAGGAAAUGUGAGAUGGAUGAUAGUUGUUACAUUCAUUCAAAGCUGGUUUCACGGCCAUACCCAAAGAAUUCAACAACCAUCUCCCAAAGGUAUUAGGUUGAAGCCACUCUGAAAAGAAUGUUCUAGUGUUGUGCCUUAGGGCUCUGGUCUUGGCCUUGUUCUAGGCAAUAUUUUUUUUCAGAAAUCUAUAUGAAGACAGAGAAGAUGUACUUGUUGAAUAUUCAGGUGGCACAAAGUUCAAUGAGAUGGCCAUUACCAUCCAUGACAGAACCAAGUCCCUAAAGCAUCCCAGCAGUCUGAGCCAAAACCAAGAUGAUGAAAAGUAACAAGGUACAGAACUCAAUUUUCAAGAUAUCUUGAAAAAAAGGAACACUAAACACUUGGGGGAAAACAUAGACUAUUUUUUAAAUGACUAAGAAAACAUUCAAUAAUUAUCAACCCAUUAAGGCCUAUUUUUCUUCUACAGCAAUUUCAUGAAAACAAUCCACCUACUAACUGACAGCAUUGUUGAUGAGGACAUGAGAAGGGAAGGGCCAGGCUUUCACACAAUACCUCUUUAUAGUCACAUGAGUGACUGAAAGAUGUAGAGAAGACAAAAUGCCACCGUGCUUAUUGUUUGUUGAUUAUAAUAUAAAAGUUUUUGUUCACUAGGACAAAAUGCUCCCUUCAAGGCUUUCCUCCAAUGUAGUAUCUCCCACACAUAUGUCCAAAUCAUACAACAUUGCCAGAAGGAUUAACUAUCUGACAGAUCUCUGAUUAUGAAUAACAAGAAAGACAUUAAAAAAAAAAAACAGGACAACAUGCUUACCAAAAAAUAUUAGCCACUGUCACAGAGGAUGUCUGGCACAGAUUCCAAUAGAAGAGGAAUUCCCUAAAGAUACUGAAGUCUUCGAGAUGCACCUUUUUGCAUAUUAAAAUAUGCCUACUUCAUCAAACCCUGGAACAUUGCAGAGCCUCCUACAUGAGGUCCAUAAUCACUCAAGAGUUCAUCUUAACUAGACCCAGAAAAUAAACUUAAGUAGAUGAAGAAUUCCUGUUGUUCAAACUAGGAUAUACAGUUGGAUGGAAACCCUAUAGAAGUCAUCCAUUGGUACAUACAGGCAGAAACUGAGCAUGGACAAUAAUCUGGGCCUGGAAUUGAACAAGAGGAGGACAGAAGGCAGAAUCACCUAUGGAAAAUGCAUAGUAUUUUUAAUGACCCUCCCCAGCUUCUUCCAGAAACAAAAGCCCAUCAUUUUAAUAUCAGUAUUCUUCUAAUGAUGCUGUUUGAGUCAUGGAAUAUCCAGUCUCCAAAGAAUUAACCCAGCAGACAUUGAAAAAGUACAUGGUAGGCAUGAAUAGGCUCUGUGAAUAUUGCACUCUGUGAAUAGGCUGAUGAAUAUUAAAUACAAGUAGAAGCAAGAAGAUAUCAUCUAAGAGAUGUAUGACCAGAAAAAGAGAACUUAUCAUGUAGCAAGAGCAAUUAAUCAUUAAUGAACAGCCUGCAUGCCUACACAAAAUUAAAAGAUCUACCCCAGCCUCUGUGGAAGAUUUAUAGGAGGGCAUGGACAAGAGUCACACAGGAUGAGAAGGUAUGAAUGGGUUACAGUCUUCCUUUUGAAGGAAUGCCAGCGUCAAUGAGAUCAUGUAUCCAUCAAAGUAAUACCAAAUGGAUAAAGAUCAACUGUUCAGACAGUGAAAUAAAUGUAGUUGGAUGGACAACUGAGAAUGAAAAAAGGAUUGCCCAACAUAAUAAUGAUUUAUGGGUAAAAGACCUGGGGAUUAGUUGUCUUAAAUUCAGAUUGAGCCAAACCAUGAUUUGAAUGCUUUUAAAAGCUAUUAUAAUUGUUUACUUCAGUACAUGAAAAGAUCCAUCAUUUCAUUAGUUUGGGCACCCCUUUCCCUGAAUCAGAGCCCAAACUUUCUAUACUUUACUAGACAAUCUUUAUGAAAUGCUACAGGUAAAACAAAUCAUUCAUUUGGUGACUAUCCUUCUGGUGCCAAACCUCUCCCAAUAUAAGUAGGUUCGUGCUCAACUGAAAGACAUAGGAUUGAUCUCCAAGCCCAUACCCAAAGCCUUUCCACCCUAGUUGGGUCUGCCAAAGCUUGUCCUCUCAUGACAGCCUUUGAGAUACCGGGAGAGCUUCCACACCACACUGCCUGUGGUGGAGGACCAUGAUAUCAGGCAGCAUUUGUGGAGGUAUGCAGAGGGUCCCAAAAGUCUUCAUGCAGUAGUAAACUUUAAUUAAAGCUGCAUUGAGACUUCUGGGAACACCUUGUGUCAGCUAAGUCAAAAGAUAUAAUAGUCCCCUAUUAUCCUGUGCUGGUCAGGCUGCAUCUAGAGGGUUGUAUUCAGUUUGGGACACCAUAUUUUAAGAGGGAUGAUAACAAGAUGGAAGACAGAAUAUUGAAGGUUUUGAAAGCAGGUCCUAAUAUAAAUAGUCAAAAGAACUGAGAGGCAGAGGAUGGAACAAGAGAGCUAUAUUCAAAUAUUUGAAGGGUUGUUAUAUGAAAGAGGACACUAAUUUGUCCUAUGUUGAUCCAACAGACAGACAUGAAUAAAUGGAGUACAAGUUUCAAUAUAAAGUAAGGAAAAUUUUUCUAACAAAGUUCUCCAAUAAAUCAGUAAAUUCUCCAUCACUGGAAAUGUUCAUGGAGAACCUUGUUCUGUCAUCAGACAAGGAUCCUGCAAAAUGGAGGCAGUAUGUGGGAGGCAGCAAUGUGUUAUAAAAAAAGUACACUGUGUUUGAAGUUGGAAAAUCAGAGCCGAAUCCCUAGCUUUGCUCACUUGCUGCAUUACUUUGAGCAGGUUAUUCCCCUUCUGCGAUCUGGCCUUAAUCUAUCUGUCCAUUGUUAAGUCCCACUGUUCUAACAAGACCAACACUCUGGUUCAGCCACUCUUUUAACCAGUCACCUCCCCAUAAUGUGCACUGUGCUUUCCUGCUGUUGAGCUUUAACUCUUCCUGAAGUGCCCCCCCAUCUCUUAAUCUUUUCGUAUUAAAAUACAACUCAAUCUUCAAGACAGUUCCAGUGUCUUGUCCUCCACAAUGCAUGACUUGAUCCAGCCAGAAAUGACCCAUCACCCUCUACCCUCCCAAAGCCCUUAGCAUGUACUCCUCAUAAGGCACUUGCCACACAUACUGCCUGAUAUUCCAAGUACUUCUUAUUUCCCCUAUAUUUGAAACUUCUGAGGGCUGGUACCACUUUUGUACAACUUUUUAUCUCCCAUAGUAUACUGCACACAGCCACUCAUUAAAUAUUUUUGAAUGAGUGAAUGAAUUGUGAUCUUUUAGUUUUAAAAUUCUGUGUUUUUUAAUUGUUCUAAGCUGAAGUAAAGAAUUUAAUGUUAGCCUGCUGUAGUCUUAGAAACCAUAUGGGUCCUAUUUCCAGCCUAGCGAUUUCACCAUGACAUCAGCAUGUUCAUGAAGAAUGGUCUCUUUGGUAAGGAGUUCUAGAUAUAGUAGUGUUUAUAUUAUCUUUAAAUGAUGCAUCAGAAAGCAUUCAACUUUUUCCAAGAUUUCAGAAAGGAUUAUAGUUAGAGGUGGAAAGAUGUGUCAAGCCAAAUCUUUAAAUAAAUUCAGCCUCUCAAUGUCAGUAUUGGGAGCUCUUCUGUCAGUCCCAGGUCUCCACAAAAUUCUCAUACCUGACUUCUUUAGACUUUCUUCUCUUGUGAGAAAACCCAGCAAGCUUGUUAUCAGCCUCUAUGAAGACUGAGAAGUCUCAAGAUAGCUUGGAUUCAUAGAAGGAACAAGAAUGAGCCUCAUCCAUAUUUUAAUACCAGAUCUAACCAGAAUUUUCUGUGUGACUUUGGACAAAUCCUUUUACCACUCUUAGCUUUAGUUUCCUCAUCUGUUAAGAUGUGUUAGAUAAUUUUUUGGGCUGCCUGUUUCAUGGGGCUUUGUAAUCAAAGUGCUUAGUAAACCUUAAAGUGCCAUAGAAAUAGUUGUUAAUUUUGGUUAAUCUGCCUGGACUGCAGUUUCCUAAUCUGUCAUAAUAAGGAUUAUUACUGAUAUUGUCUAUUAUGGGGCUCCUUAACCUUUGUGUGUCAGAGACCCCUUGGGCAGUCCAGGGAAGCCUAUGGGGCUCCUUCUUAGAAUAAUAGUUUUAAACAUAAAAUACAGAAGAUUACAAAGGAAGGCAAAGGUUAGUAGAACUAAAGAUACAGUUUUUUCUUAUCCAUGUUCACAGACCCCCUGAAAUCUAUCCUGGGAUCUGUAGACCCCAGAUUUAAAACACUUGAUCUAACAUCAUAUGGUUUAUAAAUCCCUUGCAUCACAAAUGUCCUAUAAAAUAAGAAAUAUAAAAUAUCCCCAUUUCACCCAUUUUAAAAAUCAGAAAUGACUCACUCAACUUAAUAAUGAAGCCAUGAUUUGAACUACCUCUUCUAACCCCAAAGUCCAGUAUUCUUUCCCUUUAAGGCCCCCCUUACCUCACAAUUAUGUUAUGAAGAGGUAAACUUUUUAUCUGCCUCUCCUACCUAGGGCCUAGCACAGGGCUCUGCACACAGCAGAUGUUCAAUAAAUAUUUGUUGAUUGAACCAAAUUUAGAUAAAUGUUUAGAUGCUUUGAAAAAUCAAAAGUGCUAAAAAUAUGUAAGGAAUUGUUAUCCUCAUGGUAUCUUCACCAUCAAAGAAGGAGAAAAGAAGGGAAGAAAGUAGCCCAUGACUUCUCAGUCUAAUACUUGCUAAAAAAGGAAUGUCAGUAAGACAAAGAUAGAGCCAAGCUGAGUUGGACAUUGUUCCUAACCAGUCAGGUAUAUUUUCCUUGCACAGAAAGCUAAAAACAUCCCUGUGUCUUUGAAAAAUUAUUGAGAACUAAAAGAAUACAGUAUUCAUAUUUGGAGUUGGGGGUUGUUCAUCCUUCCCUACCCUUUUUGGUCACUCUGUGAACUCAGUUAUUUUGCCAGUUGGAUUGAGUGUAGACACAACAGACAUUUAUUUAGUAUUAAAAAUGAAUGUAGUUUGAUGGGAAGAGCAUUAAUUUUGAGUCCUAAGUGCUAAGUUCCAUUCCCAGGUCCCUGGUUUCCCACUUUAUUGGUUGAGGGCAAACCAGUUCCCUCAUAUGUAAAAGAGAACAAUAAAGAGGAGAUUUGACUAGAUGAAUUUUUAAGUUUUCUUCUGUUUUCAAAGGUUCUACAAACUAAGCAGCAGACAUCAGUAAACCAGUCAAGCCCUAAAUAGAUCCAAAAAUUGGAGUUUUCUACACUGUCUUAAUAUCCCCCACCCUGAGUCCCUAGUAAUAUUUCACCAGAAUUGUUUAUAUUUGAUAUGUAUUUGCUCACUCUCUCACUUGCCUAUUUCUUUAAAAGAGAUAAAAAGAAUUGUAGGCAGUUCUCUAUAGUACUGUGUUCUCUCUAUCCACUCCUGCUUAGCACUCUGUGGCCUCCCACCUUCUCACCAAAAUUUAAAAAUUCAAAAAUAAAACCCUCCAAAUAAAAGCAGAACAGAUACAGAGAGACUGCCACCCCCCCCCCCCCAAAUAGGGGCUUGGCUUGAGACCUCUGGCAUCUAGAAAGGAGACUUUUGCCGUGCUCAACCCACCCACCCCAAUGUCCAAUCCAUGCAUGUCUAUCUGCUGUCUGCCCAUUCUCUCCUGUCUGAGCCUAUGUCCAACCUCUAAGUGUCUGCUCCUGUGUGCUCUUCCUCUCCCCCAUGUGGCUGGCCCUAAGCCUCAUGGUGUCCCUUCCUGGUCUUCAUACUCUCUUCUCUGUCCCAAAUGUCUUUGAACCAUGUGCCAGCUCCCUUCCUAUCUCCUUCUCUCCCUCUGAAAAAAAUAAUCACUUUACACAGAGGUCUUGCUGAACUGAAAUUACAUAAAUGGAGAACUAUUGGUAUUUGUUGUUGACUUAGUGCCUUUCAAUAAGGCAUUUAAAUCCCCCCAACUUUAAGUAUCUCUGGGAAAUGAAGAGGUGUCAGGGCCAAGGAUGAGGUCUCAAAUCUUUGGUGCUGGAAUCCAGGGCUUGAGACACCAUGUUUUAGGAAAGAUAUUGACAAAUUGGAGUGUGUCCAAAAAAGGCAACCAGGAUGGGGAGAGGGAAAUUUUAAACUGUGCUACACCAGGAUAAAUUGGAAGAACUGAAAAGAUUUCACCUAGAAAUGAGUAGAUUUAACAAAUAUGUCAUCAUUGUCUUAGAGUGUGUAAAAGGCAAGAAGAGUGAAUAGAUUUGUUCUGUGUAGCCCCAGAUGGCAAAACUAGAAGCAGUGGCUGUAAGGGAGGCAGAUUGAGGUUUAAUGUAAAGGAAAAUGUGUUUGGCAGCUAAGUGGUACAGUGAAUAGAUAAAGCGUUGGGCCAGGAGUCAAGAAGACUUGAGUUCAAAUCUGGCCUUAGACACUUAUUAGCUGUGUGACCUUGAACAAGUCACUUAACCCUACUUGCCCCCAGUUUCUUCUUCUCUGUAAAAUGAGAUGGAGAAGGAAAAGGUAAGCCACUCUAGGAUCCUUCUCAAGAAUACCUCAAAUAAGGUCACAAAGAGUCAGACAUGACUGAACAACAACAAGGAAAAACUUCCUGUCACUGAGAGUGGACCAAAAGUAGACAGAAUGCUCCAUCUCUGUAGUCUUUAAAUGAAGUCUGAAUGACCACCUCAGUUCUAAGAUUCUGUGAAAUAAUCCAGGUUGUUUUCAUUUAGUGCUGAGAGUUAUUGGGUGGAGGUGGAGGGAGGCAGGUAGAGAAAAAUAAAGGGAAGAGAUGCCUUUAUUCCACAUUUACAUAUGCUUCUUUGAGGCCAUGAUGAAUAUUUCUGCAUUAUUUUAUUUAAGGGAUCUGUAUUAAAGUGUAUAGACCAUGAUAAGAGAGAUGACAGGAGACCAGCAGGCUGCCUGAGUGAACUGAAAAUCCUCCUGGACCUUGGCUAAAGCCUCUAGGGUUUGGAUUUUCAAAGUCACAGUUUGCCUUUACUCCUAGGCUAUUGUAGCUAUGGGGGACUACAUGAUUUCCCAAAAAAAAAGUUGUUUUAACUAAGCAGCUUGAUCCUGAUCAAACUAAGCAGUUUGAUCCAGACUUCUUUCAUUCCAUGUCUUGGACCUUCAUCCAUUGCCAGAGUAUAUAAGCUGCAAAUACAAAAGAAGGCAGGUUUGGCUACAGGAGCCAACUAGAAGCACUGCUGCUGUUGUGGGUGACCUUCAGUCUUAGGCUCCCAAUGUUACAAGGGUCUAGGAGGUUCUAGACUAAGGAUGUGAAACUCAAAUAGAAAAGAAGGCCACCUAUCUAUACAAAGGAUCCCUGCAGGCUGCAUAUUGAGUUUUAGAGGGUGACAUCUAUGCAUUAUUGUAUUUGCAUUUCUUUUUUGCCCAGCCAGAGAACAAAUGGCUCAUUCAGCCUAAAGGCAGACACCUGAACAAUCCAAGGAAGUUCCCUAUUGAGCAAACUGGGCAUGCUCAAAAGCCUGAUUAUAUUUAUUAAAUAUUUUCCAAUUACAUUUUAAUCUGGUUCUCCCUGGACUCCAGAGAGUUGCAGACCCCACAGGACCUCUGUCCUAAAGGACAUCAAAGUGAAGUGUCAAAUGCACUAGCCUGGGCAUCAGGACAAGAUCUCAGAGGCCAUCUAGUCCUCAUUUUACAGAUGAGGAAACUGAAGCCCAGGGAGGUUAUUUGCCCAAAAUCACACAGGUAGUAAAUGCUUAGAGGCAAGAACUGAACCCAAGUCCUCUGACUCCAGAGCCAAUGCUCUUUCCACUGUACCAUGCUGCCACCCACCUGGGUUCUCAUCCUGGCUCUUGACUAAACUUGCUAUGUGAUCUUGGGCAAAUCACUUCCCCUCUCUGAGACUCAGUUUCUCCAUCUGUAAAAUGAAGAGGUUGGCCUAGAUAAUAAUCAAUACUUAAAUAAUAAUUUACAUCCAUUAUCUUUUUCAGUCCUCACAACACCUUUAUGAGAUAUGUGCUACAGAUAUUAUGCCCAUUUUACAGAUGAGGAAACAGGCUCAAAGAAGUUGUGACUUCCCCAGGAUUAUACAGCUAGUGAAGAAGGCAAGAUUUGAAUCCAGGUCAGGUUUUCCUGGUUUCUACACCAUGCUGCCUUAGAUGAUCUCUAGUCCAUUCCCAUUUUAAAUUCAAUGAGUCUAUAAAUUCUAUAACCCUUUCUGUCUUCUCCCUAAGCUCUCAAGACUAAGGUUUGGCCUCAUCUCUUGCUGAGUGGGUGUAAAGACAUCUGUAAGAUUAGUUUGUGCUCAAAUAUGUUACCUCCUAGAGCAAAAUAGACAUUCUUUAAACAGACAUUCCUCUGACACCAGAAUGAGUGGAGGUGGUUCCUUCCCUGGUACAGAACUACUUGAAAAAGCAGGUCAUAGACAGCCAGUUUCACUGUCCACUGGGUUUCUGAAGAAGUUAAGAUUUCCUUUGAAAAGAGAGGGGCUAAAAGUAAAUUUCUCAUAGAUAUUUACAGUAGAGGUGUUUCUUUUUGUGUGCUCAUCUUUACUGAUCCUUCAGAAUUACUGUGAAUGUUUUAAGCUCCAAGCAUAUGACAUCCUAUGACCUGUCACUGUCUUUGAGCAUCCUUUAAAGAUUCUCUUCUUUGAUAAAUGAGCUCCCUUAAAAGAAGUACCCACAAUCUUUAAAGGGAAAAAAAACAUUUUUUUAACUCAGUUUCCUUAUCUCACCCAGGCUGGAAAGGCAGUGGCUACUCAUGACUGGUCCAUUCCCAUUAUUUAAUCUACCUGAAAGUUCUGGUCCCCUACACCAGGGGUACUCACCAUACAGAAGAGGACUUAGUUUCACUUAGUUUCAUCGCCUGACUGGCUUAGCCCACUGCAGCUCAGAACUUCCAACUCAAGAGAUCUAUCCGGCCACCCUUGUCAGCAGGGAAUACAGGCGUGAACCCCCACACCAGGACCCUCCUCCACCUUUUAAGACAGUUUCUUUUGUUGAAGCUGUUCUCGUGGAAGGAGCAGUGGAAUUACAGCCAAGAGAACCUAGUCGAAUCCCACUCUGCUCCUUACUAGCUGUAUGACCUUAGAGAGGUCAUUUCCCUUCUCUGGACCUCAGUUUCUUCGCCAAUAAGAUGAAGAGACUGGACUAGAUCUUUAGAUUCCUUCUAGCUCUGACCUACGAGAAACUCCUGAGACCAGGCAGGUCAAUGGAAGGCAACAGCUCUGGAGCCGCCUUCUUUGUCCGGCUCCGCCUUGGGUCUCCAAUGGCUUCUCCCGGAAAGAAGGGGACCCUUUUGAAGGAGGGCAGUUGUGCUGGUGGGAGAGGUGUUAAAAAUGAAAUAUUUUGUCCGUUCCUGUCAUAUAGGGCUCUCUCCCCGUUCGUUUUAUUUCCCAGGCUCCCUUGCUCAGAGCCUUGUGCUGCCUAACCCUUACUUACCAAGCCUGUGCUGUGAGGCUGUGGCUCAGUUUCCCUCUGUGCUGUCUAUCAAGGGACGAACCACCAAGUGUCUUAAAUCCUCUUUGUAUCUCAUUGUUUUUCGUGCCAAGUCCGUAUGUGCUGUGACUCCGUGUAUGACCGCUCAGCUCUGUUGGCCGUGGCCUGGAUGGCUCUUGUGUCCCUCCUCACCUACCACCCACCCUAUAUCCCAAAAUAAAGUAUGGGAUUUGACUGGC